ACAGGGAAUCUACUGCUUCCUAUGAUAGUCGCACUGUGUCAAGACACUAUUGUACCAAUGAGAUUGGAUGAGUAAGAAGAGGACAGGAUGGCAAACUCAGCACUGGAGAUCGUGGGUCUGUUAUUGACCCUGAUUGGGUUGAUUGGGGCAGCAGCAAGCACUGGAAUGCCGAUGUGGCGCGUCACAGCCUUCAUUGGGGAGAACAUCAUCGUGUUUGAGACCCGCUAUGAGGGCUUGUGGAUGAAUUGCUUCCGGCAGGCCGACAUCAGGAUGCAGUGUAAGGUGUACGACUCUCUUCUGGCCCUGUCCCCUGACCUGCAGGCUGCAAGAGGGCUCAUGUGCUGCUCUCUGGCGCUGGGUGGCCUCGGUCUGCUGAUCAGCUUGGUAGGGCUGCAGUGCACGUCGUGUAUCGAAAACAACGACCGAGCUAAGCGACUGGUCUUAAUCAUUGCGGGAAGCAUGAUCAUAAUGGCCUGCAUCUGCGUCAUUAUCCCGGUGUCCUGGACGGGUCAUGUCAUCAUCAGGGACUUCUACAACCCUUUGCUGAUCGACGCACAGCGCAGGGAGCUUGGAGAGGCUCUCUACAUCGGCUGGGUGGCCUCCGCUUUCCUGUUCGCUGGAGGAUGCAUGUUCAUUUGUUGCAACCUGCAGUCCGAAGGCAAAGGUUCAGAGAGGUACGUGUACUCCAGGAACUCAGACUACAUGGCCUAUCCUCCACAACCUUUGCAGCCUUUGCAGCCUCAACAGCUGGUGCUACUUCCACAACCACAGCCUCAGCCAGUGCUGUCCAGACACCCAUCAACCAGCUACAGCUACCACUCCAGGUACCCCUCUGUACGCAGCGGGAUCGCUUAUCUCUGAACACCUGAAGUAACAAUGAUCAGCUAUGGUCCCUCUUUUCAAUCACUUUUCUUUUUAAUAUGGGUUGGCAUGGCAGUGCAAUCUACGCAUUUCAGGUUAAAAACAUUUCAAUGAAUACAUUUAAUGUGAAAGCAAAUAAUUCUGAUUUAAAUAGUCUGGAUGGUUUUAACUAUUCACUAUUUCUGUGCAUAAUUUGACAAGUACUUAAAAAGCACUAGUUACUGCAUUGUGAUCUCAACUAUUGAUUUCAAGAUUGCCGUUGUGAGCCAAUACAUUUUAUUUUAUGCGUGUUAAUCAGAUUUUAUACUCACAGCCUUAUUUUUCUAUGUAUGUUUUUUUUUAAUAUGUUUGCUGUAUAUAACAAUUUACAUAACCUUUAACCACUGAGUAAUGUGACACCUACAAGUAUAAUUGUUUGUACUGUUUGUUGCUGGCACAUAUGACAGAUCCGUGUAGUUGUAAAGACAGUUAAUGCUUCAGGUAUUUCAACUCCUCGGCCUUCAACGUUAGCUGUAUCUGAGCUGUGUGUCCAAAUAUGUCUCAAAAAAAAAUCACACAUUCAUGUGGCACAAAUGACCUCUCACAGGCACUGACACAUCAUACACAUAGUCCUAUUUUCCUUCUCAGUUUCUGACAGUUUUGCUGGUUCAAAAACAUGAUACACAAAGACAGAAAGUGUGGGCAGUCAGGAUGACAAUGCUAUAUUGGUGGAUGAAUGCUUGACAUAAACAUUUAUGUCUAAAACUCAUUUAGUGAAUCAUUUAAUCAGAAACCAUUCACCAGUCUUUAAGUUUGGUAUGAUGAUCUAGAGCACGUAGGAGCUGAUGUAAUAAAAACUGAGCAAAUGGUUGUCUAAACAUGGCAUACAGGUUUGAGACUGCUUGUUUAAAAGGUGCGGACUCAGAAGCACCUUAGCCUGAGGGCUUCGUGUUUUAGCAACAUGAUCAUGUGAUCCAAAUUUGCAAGUCACUUUGAAAGAAAACACAAAGAGCUAUCGACUGGAUUGUUCUCCGGGCCAUUUCUGUGUUGAUUCCAGCUUUAUGUGUUUGAAAACAUUUCUGUCUCUAUUCAAUCCAGUAUAAUAGCUUGUAAACUCGAAGGUCACUUCAUUUCACUUUAAGUUCAAAAGCAAACUGUAGUUCAAAGCAAAAUUUGAGCCUCCAGUCCCGAAACACUAAAUGCAAUAUUUUAUAAACAGAAAAGUGGCAUAAAAUCUGUUUGUAAAGGCACAGUAAUUUCAUUGCUGUUUCAUACUGGAAAUAUUUGGUGGCAGAAUGGAAAUGUUGGGUUUUUUUCUGCAUAUGGUAACAUCUUAACGUUUAUUUGUUUUAUACUCACUUAACAUUCUCAAAUACAAAAUGUAUGUUGAUUUGCUACACAGAAUUUGAACUUUGUGAGAUUAUAAAAAUGUACUAUAACAAUCAGUAAGUGUAUUUGGACUGUGUUAUGUGAGAUCCCUCUUGUUUCAUUACCCAGAAGGUCCUCUCUGCUCCCUUGUGGAGAACACAAGAACUGCUGGAGCUGAACUGUGCAACACUGCAUUCAUGUUUACUUCUGAAUUUGUACCACAUGCAAAAAAUAAACACACGUCAAGCGAUGAAACUUUAA